ACCAUCACACCAUCAAAAACAUAAUUAUGAAGCUGGAGGGUUCAGUAGUGGAGCUCUCAGAGGGCUCAGUGGUUAUCGAUGGAAAACCGUGAGUUUUUGCUAAAAACCCUAAACGGAAAGGGUUGUGUCCGAUUAAACGAGUGCUCCUGCAGCUACAACAGCAAGAUCUAUGGACUGGGGGAGUCCUACUCCAGUAACUGCAAAAAAAUGUGUGUGUGCUGACAGUGUGUGUGCGAGUGGCCAGUGGACGUGUAUGGAGGAGAACUGUCCAGGAACCUGUUCUGUGGAGGGAGGAGCCCACAUCAACACCUUCGAUGAAAAAGUCUACACCUUCGAUGGGGACUGCUCCUAUGUGCUGGCUAAGGACUACAGUGGAUCCCAGUUUGUGGUACAAGGAGAACUGGAGCAGUGUGGACUGACUGAGAGUGAGACCUGCCUCAAGUCUGUUACCUUGGGUUUGUCUGGAGGGGUUAAUGUGAUCAAAAUCCAGUCCAAUGGCAAGGUUUUUGUGAAUGGCAUCUACGCUCAAUUACCCUUCUCUGCUGCUGGGAUCUCCGCCUUCAGAGGGUCCUCUUACUACCUGCUGGUGCAAAAGUCUGUUGGCUCCAGCCAGUCAUGCAGCUCUACGUCAAAGUGACCAGUGAGAAGUAUGCCCAUCACUGGUGCUCCAUGCUGAGUGACCCUCAGGGAGUGUUUGCCUCCUGUCACUCAGAGAUCAGCCCUGACUCGU